UGCCAAAUUUUUUACUAUUCAAUAACUUGUUGCAAAAAUAUCAGAUUGUUAUUAGUGAAUUAUGUCAUAAAUAAUUGAAUCAUUUGUUUAAAUCACGAGUGAUGCUUUUAUUAAAACCAACCAGUAAUGGUUUUGUUGUCAACUCAAAAUGAUUGAAGAUUUCAAAAGACAAAAGUUUAUAAAAAAAAUAACUGACAUAUUCGCAUUUUUAGCAUUGGUCGAUUCUGCAACUACAUACGGCAUUGUAAUUUACAUAUGGAUGAAACAAGCCACAGUAUUAAGAGACAUUACUUCGCUGAUUUGUUCGAUUGAAAUUGUGUGUUUACUACCUAUAUCUAGUCUGUCCUCAGUUAUUUUAUUAAAAAGUAGAAGUUUCAAAUGUCAUCAAAGAUUAGACGCAAUUGGAGCUUGGCUUCUUAUUCAAUUCAUAAACCUUUUUGGAAACAUCGGACUAAUAGUAAGCAUUGUGUGGCCUAAUAUAAAUAUUUUUACUCGUGCCAGUUUUCCUUUAAUAGCUUUUAUAUGGUGGAAGGUUGCUUUUGCUUUUUUUCAAGUUAUUUCUGUUAUAUAUUCAGCAUGCGUUGUUUUAAAACCGUAUACUGUCAAAGCCGAGGAGUCUGGUGCGAGUACAAUGGGUCUAAACAUCUACACAUAUUAUACCGAUGGAAAUAGUAACUCUACACACACAAACACUCAAGCUAACACAACAGUUUUAAGAACAAGUCACCAUUCAAUAAAUGGUUCUAACAUGGGAACAUUUAACCAAGGCUAUUUACAAGAUUAUAUUAUUGAAAGCUGAUAAACAAUUUUACCAACAUUUUAUAAAUAACCGAGAACCUUAAGUAGCAAAAAAAUAACGGUAGUUAUUUUUUCUUUUUUCUACACUUUUAAGAUUGUUUCUACACACGCUGAACUUACAAAGCUCAUUAAAUUAUUUCACAGUUUUAAAAAAACGACUCACUUUUGUUAGUGAAUAUAAAAGGUAUGUGUCCGUUGGAAUGUAAAAGCAUGUUUAUAGUUAAUUUAUAUCUUCAGCUUUUGACUGCG